AUGAAGUUGACCAGCGCCAUCUGUGCUCUCAUUUUCGCUGCAACAGUCAGCGCCAGCGCCCUUCCAGUCGCCAACGCUGAGGCCCGUUGCGGAUACCGCGGACAACCUUGCCCUAAGGCCAAGCGCGAGGCGAUUGCUGAGGCACGAUGCGGCUACCGCGGACAGCCAUGCCCCAAGGCCAAGCGUGAGGCAGAGGCUCUCCCCGAGGCCCUUCCCGAGGCCGAGGCCAGAUGUGGCUACCGCGGACAGCCAUGCCCCAAGGCCAAGCGUGAGGCAGAGGCUCUUCCUGAGCCAGAGGCCCGAUGUGGCUACCGCGGACAGCCUUGCCCCAAGAAGUAA